AGGGUGCACCGAGCCUGCUUCCGUGACGGCCUCGGUGUUUUGGUUGUGGAAACGGUUAAAAAAAGGAGGAGCGAGCAUGAAGUCUGUCCGUUUACGGGGGGGACUCGUCUUGCUCCGUUUGAAAGAGGCGAGCACGACACAGCAGCGCUCGUGAUAGCACGUCGUCGGCUGAGCGGCACGGUGGGUGUCUUUCAUUAGCUGAACUGCAGGUAGCGGAGCGCCCGAGCGACACGGAGCCGGCGGAGCGUCUCCUCUCUCUCCUCCCUGAGCAUGUGGGCUGGUGUCCUCUGGAGAUCUGAGGAGCCCUGAUCCGCUUCACCGAGGGAUCGUCUGGCAGGAGGAGACUAUAGCCCUGCAAGAACUGGCAUUCCCUUAGUUGGACCAGCUGUCGAGAAAAGUGCAUCUGUGGAAAUCCAACUUUCUUUCUUGGAGAGGACCUCUUGCAACCCCUUAGGAGGUGCUUUGUUAUCUCCAAGUUUGCAGCACACUUCCGCACCCUGCAGUUUGAGGAAAUGCACUUCCUGGGACCAGCUUUUCCACAGGAAGAUCUUAGUCCUUAAAAAAAAUGUUCUCAACUGACUCAGAUUUAUUUGAUUUGCUCCUGAAAUAUGACUUUGGAGCAUGCCGUUUUGAGACUUAAUGACUGAACUCUGUAAGAUUACAGCAAUACGACAAAAGCAUUCACAACUUUCUGUCUUCUCAGUUGGACUGUGGAGGGCCAGAGCUUUAUCAAAGACCUAGUCAUGGUGAUGUCACAGGGCACAUAUACUUUUCUGGCGUGCUUCGCCGGAUUCUGGCUGGUCUGGGCGCUUAUUGUAAUGGUGUGCUGCUUCUGUAGCUUUGUGCAGCGUAAGCUGAAGCGCCAGCGUGAGGAGAGGCUAAGGGAGCAGUGUCUCAGGGCCCUCGAGAUGGAGCCUCUGGAGUGUACGGCAGCAGCAUACCCUGCUAGAGAAACCCCUCAGUUCUGCCCGCCUCCUCAAAUGAUGUCUCCACCAGUGCCAGUCACCCACACCAUCCAUCAGGGGAACUGGACUGCACCACAAGUUCCUGCUGUCCCAGUUGACAACGACAUCUGUGGGAAACCCCCUUGCUAUGAGGAAGCAGUUCUAAUGGAGGAUCCUCCACCCCCUUACAGUGAAGUUCUUGCUGAUCCCAGAGGAGGAACGUACACUAAACCUGCACCACGUUCUUCCAGGGAGCACCAGGAGUCAGAAACCCGAAAGAUGGCGCCACCCAUGACGGUGUUCCCCGAACGUGGCUACUCCUCACUCAUCCGUCUGCCCUCGGCCAGGCGCUGGGAUUCCCUAGGACACCUGCUGUCCACUAUGGAUCUCAACCACAACAACCUGCCGGCAGAACCCCAGGCCUCAGCCAUCGCCACCAUGCCCCGUGAGGGUCGGACUCACACAGACCUGGGCCUGCGGAGCCUCAGGGGUUUGGAUCACAAUUAUGGACUGCCCACCGCCUUCCCCCUUCUUGGCCGAAGUACGGCGGUGUGAAGCUCUGAACAUUCGGACCACUGUGGAGCACUUUCUGAGGCUAAUGCUGAGUCAUUCCUGCUGUUCAGGAGACUCUGGCUAUUGAUCUGAUGACAUUUUCUCUUUUUUUGGGAGUUGGGAGGCGAGAAGAGCUUAUCAGAAGACUCAAAGGACCAUUCCACUUUCCCCUCUCAAUCUUGUAUCAGUAUGAGAAGAUUAUACAACAGAUGUAUCUCUCUCUAGCUCUCGAUCUCUCGCUCCUCCUCUUUCUCCUGUGCUCUGUGGCAUCCCUGCCUGAUGCAGAGCAGCAGCUAUUAUGUGAGUGUUGUUGCCAUGGCUCCCGGGAGCUGUCUGCAGCCCACCAACGCCUGGCCCCUUGCGGCCUCCUCUCUUCCUCUCUUUUCUUCUCAUCAGCCUCAGACUGAUAUUAUAUGAAUGGCAUUUGAAAUCCUGUCUUUGUAAACUACGUCUAGCACAGGGCCACAACAUAGCAAAAUGUCCAUGGUCUGUACUGUAGCCAUAUCAUAGCCUGGGUGCCAGAUUUUGCCAGUAUGAUGGUGCAUAUGUUUCGCUUUACAGUCUCAAACCAAUCUUUCCCAGUCUGGUUAAUAACUGGUGAAGAGACCCCUCACUCUUGAGUCUUAUGGCUUUUGUAUGUGGUAUAUUAAGAAAUAUGGUGGAUGUCAUAGGUCACUGUGACUUUUUAGAUCUGUAGCUGGUCCACAUCAUCAUAGUCUAAUUCAGGGGUGUCAAGUUGAGGUCCUUUUCUGAGAUGAAUGUUUUCCCUCUUCUAACACUGGGCUCCUCAUCUUUAGUCCUGGUGACCUACUGCCCUACAGAUGUUGGACAUUUUCCCUGUCUGAACCCAUUGUUAAUCCCAUCAACAAAAAUGCUUAAUGAUGAUGUUUUUUUUUAUUUUGUUAUUAACAUCAAGACUAAAAAUCACUCAUUGCCGAUAAGAGAUACACAGUGAUAUCAGAAUGAUAUCAGUGUAAGCAGAUAAUUGCUUAAACAAUACUAGCUGUUUUGAUUUGACUGAUAUUUCAAACCUAUAUGUGAUGACUAUUGUUUUCUGAAAGAGCAGAACACUUCGACAUCAGUGGGCUGCUGUGCUAUAAUACAUUGUAUUCAUUUCACUUCACUCCUAGCAUUUGUUUUGUAGAGUUACAUCUCUCCAUAAUGCUAAUACAGGUAGAUGCAGACAUUUUAUAAAUGCUUAUGUAUCAGCAUUGGCUAAUAUAUGCAUGAAAAUGACUGGUUAUCAGCAAUAACCCACAAAUCCCAUAAUGCUGAAUUAAGUUCCAUAUUUAGCUGCUAGCCUUGUGUUCAGUUCACAAAAAAAGAAAGGAAAAUGGAGGCGCCUUUAUCUAAUGCCCAGAUUUGUGAUUACAUUAUUGUGAUGUUGAUUUGGACACAACUACUAUUCUAUUACUGAGGGACCUCUGAGUUCAGCGAAUUAUAGCACAUCAUUCGCUUCUGAAUUAUUAUUUAGCAGACUUGUGAAAAACUACUAACAAGGCAGAUUUGUACUGGACUAAAAUGAUGGAUCCUGUCAGUAAUCAGUCAAAUUACAGCACCUCCCCAGGUAAAACUCCAGCUCAAAUAGAGCUUUAGUAAACUGUAGUUUUACAGUGACUUUAGUCAACUGAAGCCUCUUAACCUGUUAGCUGGCUUCCUGAUACAGGAGGAGUAGCUGCUGCCUUAUUCCUCUAACUGUUAGCUAAAUUAAAAAGACAUGAAGAAAUGAAAACUGGCCCCGCCACACCUGAUUCCACUUCUAAAGGGCUUGAUAAUUACAAGGUGUAUUGUGCCAGGGAACACUUGAAACUACACAGGGCAGUGGGUCCUCGGCAUUGGAGUUGUUCUAGCACACCAAAUUCAACAUACACAGGCUUUGCUAAUCAGCUGAUGAGUUGAGUCUGUUGUGUUAAAUGAGAUACAGUGCUAAACUGUAGUGCUGUGGGACCAGAAUCUGACACCUCUGCUGUAAUUCAAUCUAUUCAGCUCCCAGUUUAAUUUUCAUUAUCAUGUAAGAAACAGGCACUUUGGAUAUGAUGGUUUCUGACUGUAAAGCAGCAGGUAAUCAAACAUGCUGGCACAGUUUGACUCCCAGACUAGCUACAUCAUGCUGCUCAAUUGUACAAAAUGUACUUUAUAAACUGUGAAAUGUCACCUUGCUGCUUUGUCAAGGUAAACGUUAUGACAGAUUUCUGCACAAGUUUUUUUCCCCUCUCUGGACGGAUCUGGAACUUUUUUUGAAGUGAAGCUUUCUCCAGAGUAAUUGCCUGCUCUACAAGAAGAUGUUCUGAAACUGCCUGGUAAUUACAAUGUGAUAACCGUCUGGUGUCUUCAUUAGCUUGGAAUGUCUCCCACAGCUUUUAAUUCAUUACUCAAUGCGGGUACGAGGGGAGACGGUAAUGUUUUUUCCAUAUAUUUUUUUUUUGUCAGUGAAUACCAGUAUCUCCCCCUGAAGAAUUUCUCAGUCUGUUUGAAAACUUUUAUAAUGAUGCAAUUUUUCAUCUCUCUUAAUUUUCCCGACAGACUGAUAAGUCCAUUAGUGAGCCUCUCUUAAAUAAUGUGAAUUAAAAUUCAUGGGCAUUUCUUUUUCGAUGUGGCAUGUUUUUAUGAAAAAUGACUGGCAUAAGCUGCAUUAAGACUGAACUUAGCCGUCUAGAAUUUUUCCAUAUUCAUUUGCAGUGGACGAGGUUUUCAUGCUACAUUGUUAUAUCAUUGCUGUUAUAUCAAAACUCCAUAACCACUGUUUUUUGUUCUUCAUUUAUGUCUUUACACCAUUUCAAAACACCAGCUGCACAUUGUAUAAAAAUUUCAUGAUAAGUGGACAUAAAUGGUCGAAGAUUUCAUGGAAUAAAAUCUUUAGGGCUGGGAUCACUUACCGCUUCAUAGAUAAUAGCUAGCAACAGCCAAGAGGUUUUAAGUAGAAUUUAUCAGGUUUUAUUUUGCAUUUUAUAUGCAUUAUCUUUAUGUUUCACCCUGCUUUUACUGAAUUUUAACACAGCACUCAGGGCAUGCUUGAUGGCACCACUGGCAUGCUACUACACAGACAUCUUAAGUAGCAUUUUUCAUUCUUAUUUAAAGUUUAAUGUAUAUUUACCAUCAGUUCGUUUCACAGCUAGUCAAAUUUUAUGGAUGGAAAUAGUGCAAGCAGUGUUUAAAGCACUGAAACCUGCACCAAAGAUGCAGAAACUGGGUAACAGCCCAUUCUGCUAAAAUAGAGUUCCCAGUUUAUUGAUUUUUCAAAACUGCUUAUCGUCCCAGCCCUAAAAAUUCAUAAGAAGAUUGUAGACCAGUUUGGAGGUCUGAGGUUUUGUUACAAUAUACUUUAUUGCCAGUGAUGUGUGCUGAAGUAUUGCUUCCCUUGUUAGUCAUGACAGCAGUGGAUGUAGUUCGGGGGCCGUUUGGUCUCCUUUUCAAACGGUGCUCCACUGUCACGGUAGCAUACUACUAGCAUAGUAGAUUUGGUAAUGCAGCCCACAUUUCUUCAGUGUAGUGAUUGCUGCAUUGUGAAGAGAUUUCAUUUAGUCACAGCCGUCUUUUAUUGCCAUCAUUUCCCAUCAUGUCUCCCUGCCCUCGAAUGACUCUACCUCACUCAUCCUAAUGGCUGUCUUUGUUAACAUCUCAGCUUAUGAAUGUUGCUUUCAUGUGUCCAAGAGGCACUUUCCAAUGACAUUUGAUUAGUAUAGGCUCCUUUUUGGAGGUCUGAUCUAAAUAACAAACAGCAGUGAGUGGGGCAAUUAAACAGAGCACGUUUAACAAGAUGCCUUUAUGGCUGAACUGCUAGAACACAAUGAUCUUUUAUUAAAGCGGAGGGAGGGAUGCAAAAACGUAUUUCUAGUAUUGUGAUUUUAACGCUCCUGCUGCAUGUAUUUAUUUGAAGAGGGUGAGCUGGAAGGUCUCCCUCUUUAUCACAGCUUGCACAGACAAUUAUGUAAUCUAAAACCAGUGAAUUGCAUAACAAAAAAAUGACUUGUUUUUUCUAAUUCUAGCUUGGGAAGGAAAGCGAGAUGUCUGGUUGUUUUUGGCCUGACCAGUCUCAAAAGUUGCACCCACAUUCAAAGUCCACAGCCCUGAACUGAUAAAAAAGAGGACACUGAGUACCCGGAUCAGAAAGAUUUGGCCGUGACGAGCAAGGCUACCGUGUGUUUCAGGGCUCAUAGCUAAUGUUCAGUAGCCUAUUUAGAAGAUACUGUGUAUAUACAUUCAGAGAAGACAUAUAUUUUUCUAGCUUAGAUAAUAAAAGGCUCAAGGACAAUCAACAGAGUCAGUUAAGGGCACCUUAAUGCCAGGUCAGUACAAACUGCGGCGUCCAAAUGAACUCAAACAGAUCGUUAGAAUGACUGAAGGUGAAAUGGGAAUUACAACACUGCGUAUUCCUGUCACACGCCGAAUUAUUAGUUUUGAAUGUAGUCUGCUUCUGAUAUACUGUGCUUCUAUUUUCGCUGCCGUUUUCAAAUACUUUGGUCUGCUUUCGCUUCUGUUUUCGUUUCGUCUCCGUUCCACAGCCCGGGGGUUGGGGGGUGGAGGGGGGGGGGCGGCAAUAGGCAGAGGUGUAAAGUAUCGUUCCUCUGCCAGCGUGUUGCUAAGCGACCAAAAACAGAGCGCGCCGAGUCUGUUUACAUAGAAUACUAAAAGUGAACAGCGUCUAUCCAUCCGUCCGUCCAUCCAUCCAUCCAUCCAUUAAUCUCACGGCCCUUUCGUGUUCACCCUAAGUGGAUUAUGUGCCACAAAUAAAUGAACGAGAUGUGCUCCGAUGGGGCCUCGCGUCGCUUUGCCACCCGUUCUCUGUUAUGUUCAGUAUAACGUUAAACGCCCUUUAUCGCAGGGACACCCAUCUCUUUAGUUCUGUCGAUCAGAAAAUGCUUUAUUGAUGUUUUAUGCCAUGCAUAGUUUAUUUUAGAAGUCUAAGCAUGCUGGGUAUUCAGUCGGGGGCAUUUUCCCACUGCACUGGAACUGCUUUUUCAGUUGUAUCGAAGGUUCCAGUUAAAGAAGGGUAUAAAGAACCGAGAAUGGGCAUUCACCUCUGUCUUUGUACUCAAAAGCGUAUAGCUAAUGGACUUAUUUACUGUUCCAGGUAAGAAUAAAGUCACCGAGCGCUACUGUACGACCCCUACGUGCACCAAAACGCGAACUAGAAUGGCAUCUUGAUGUGUUAUUUGCUUUGUUGAAUUCUUUCUGUGUAAAGAGUUUGCCUUGGUGAGCUAGUUAGGAAGCUAACGCCAAUGCAAGUAGCAUUUUUGUUAGCCGGCACAGAAUAAGUGUUUUUGUUCGUAUUUUCACACUUAGCAGAGACAAAACAUGAAGUUUAGUCGAUUCUAUACGGCCUGGGGUUUCCAGAUCUCCCUCAAGAAGCUAAAAAAUGAACAAGAACUGGAAGGUCUGUUGGUUCCCCUUUACAUAAGUUCUUGUUUUUGAGUUCCGUGGAAAAACGCCCUUAGGGUGGGUUGCACCAACAAAGGUUCAGAAAAACAGAGUAUACAGAUCAUGAAACAUUUGUGAGCCCAGGCUUUAUUUUUAAAUGUGUUAUAUUUGUGUUACAUUUUACUUAAACAUGGAUUCAUAAAUUUGCUAUUAAAACCUUAAUCUGUUGUUAAUUUUGAUUCUCUGAAUGACGGUUUAAAUGUAACCCUGAUUACUUUCCUCAAACUAUGUUUAAAGUUCAGUACAACUAGAUUAAUGGUUAAGUCUUGAUUAAAUCCAAGUUUAAACUUUACCAUUAUUGGUGCUACCCACCCUUACAGUAAAAGUGCAGCUAAGGAUGUUAAAUGAACAAUUUGACCAAAAAAAAAAAAAGAUUUCCCCAACUUCCCCCUUCCCUUAGGGGAAAACAUGGCAGGACAUGUUUAAUGUAUGGCCUGAAGGAAAAAUAAGUGGAUAAAAGUAGACAGGCUGCUACUGUUUUUAUCUACGCAACUUAGUUACUUUUGUGCAUUUUUGGAGAUAAAGUAUUGAGUACAGUGUCAGGAACAAGAUAAACAAGGCUGAGAUUAUCGAGGGAUUAUUGCAGGUGUGUGGUGACUUAGGCAUGCAGUCAGCACAGGGUGUAUAAACGUGUUAGCUACACUAGCCUCACACUUUUGAUGCAAAACAAGAAACACAAAAACAUGACUUCAUUUAGGGGAGAGGGAAACUUGUGUCAUUUAAUUUUUUCCCCCAAACUCCUUUAAAUGAAUCACCUGUAGGUUUACAGGCCAGUCAUUUUCCUUUUGUUUCACAUGGCCUGUGAAUGGCGAAUGUAUGCCAUGCAGUGUUUACAUAGCUUGCAGUGUGUGCUUGAUUUCUGUGUUAACUCAUGAUUUGCCAGAACUCUGCUAAUUCAUAGCUACUAUGUAUUGACGCCAUGUCUUUAUGUAAAAACCCUUUUUUUUAGAAAACGUACAUUCGAUUAUACAUCGACUGGACUGACGUAAGGCAGUGGAAUCUGCCUCUAUCAACAAUAAAACUGAAGAUAAAAUAAGAAGAAGGAUAAAAAAGAUAUUUGGACCAGUGAACUAACUGGAGGGUUUUUGAAAUCUUUUAUUAACAUACAGAAGCACAGCAUGUCACAAAAGAUCUUGUGCUUGUUUCAAAAACAGCAAGUGAGAAGCGGACGGAAAAAGGGAAGAGAUAGAAAAAAAAAUAAUAAAAAAGAGAGAGAGAAACUUCAGGAGUUGCUAAGCCUUGCUUCAGGGACAAAGGGGAAAUUGUAGUAGUAUAGUACUAGUAAUAGUAGCAAUAGUAGUGGUAGUAGUAGUAGUCUCCUAGUAGUGUGAGAGGGAGAAAGAGCAUAAGAAUCACUACCAAGGAGGUCGGAGGGUGAAGAUUACAUUAAAAUCAUGUCAAAAGGGCCUCGGUUACUGUUAAAGAUGCGGGCUGGCUCCCCUCAGCAGUCCACUUUUUUGGAAAUAUCCCAUCUUAAGAAACCCCGUCCAGUCCUAUGCCAGUAUUUGUUUUACAGGCCACAAUCAAAUACAUGUCAAUCACUAGCACUGUACUGACAGUACUAAAAUUAGAAUUAGAGCUAUUUACAAAACAAUACUACAUUGGUUUAGUAUUAUUGCUUGCUUAUUUCACUCAGAACAAU